CUUUGCUAGUUGCCGCUAUUUGCUAUAUCCAACUUAGUAGUACAUAUAAAUCGAACCACCUGAUACUGUUCCCUUGUUUUACGUUACACAACUAUUGCCCUAUAUCGUUCCCCCACUUCUCCAAAUCUCACCCCACCAAUGUACCCCGCAGAGGUGCUUCCAGCGAUAUAGGCACCUAUAAUUCAGUUGAUGAUGCCUGUAUCUAUAGAACAUAGGCGAAUUCGAAUUCAACUUCUACAAGAUAUAACCUAGAUUUCGCAGAAUACUUCAAGUCAGUAAGGCGAAGUAUUAUAAAUACACUGACUUAGAGAGUCUCCAUUGAGUUGGGAGUAGGAAACAUCCAAUCCAGGAUUAGACCUGAGAAGCGUCGCUAAGAGCCGGCAUCGAAAAGUCACGAUACCUCAGACCUACAUUUGCCAGCCAUGGCAUCCAGCGAGCCAUCAUACGAUCCUAGCAGAACAGGGUCAUGGCUUAUUUGCACCGCAUGCGGAACCCAGUUUCCCACAGCAGAUCGACAAGAAUUGAAAACGUGCUUCAUCUGUGAUGAUCCACGACAAUUCACCCCACCAACGGGGCAGGCCUUCACUACCCUCGACGAGCUCCGUUCAAAUGCCAAGAAUACGUGGAUACCAUUCAAAGGGGAUGAUAGAUUUGUAUCUAUCGUCAUAGAACCCAAGGUCGCCAUUGGACAGCGUGCUAUUCUCAUCAAAACACCUAAAGGCAACGUAUUGUGGGAUUGUCUGACGCUGAUUGACGAAGAAACCAUUGAUAGAAUCAAGGGUUUGGGCGGUCUUAAGGCUAUUGUCAUCUCGCAUCCCCACUAUUACACGACACAUGUUGAGUGGGCUCGCGCUUUCAAUUGUCCCGUUUACCUAGCAGCUGAGGACAAACAAUGGACGACGCAGAGCUCGGCGCACCAAGUGUUCGUUGAAGAAACGGAGCUUGACUUGCAAAUCGACGGGGGGUCAUCCGGUGUCAUGGUCCUUAAACUCGGCGGGCAUUUCCCAGGGUCCUUUGUGUCGCUGUACGACAAGCAUCUCCUAAUCGCCGAUACACUAGUUACCACGCCCGCUGGGCUGGGUAGUUGGGAUACGAACGCGGUGGGCAGCACCCGAACACGGCCUCGGGGCAUGAAUAGUUACUCGUUCAUGUGGAGCAUCCCAAACAUGAUCCCGCUGAACCCGAGUGAACUGGAGAGGAUGUGGGGUAUACUGAAGAAAUAUGAGUUCAGUAGCUCACAUGGUGCAUUCGUAAAUACGGAUAUCAUCAAGACGGCGUCGGAGAUGAAGCGCAGGGUGCUGGAGAGCAUACAGAUCCAAGUCAAAUAUAUGGGCUAUGAGGGACAUGCGCUAUUGACGGAAAUUGUAGAUUGAUAUAGUAUUUGGUUAACUAGGUAGGUACCUAAUGAGGUCAUGAUGUAUACCAUACGGUUUUCAUUGAAAUCAACGUACUGGAAGGAAUUUGGAUUAGGUGACCUAGGAAAUCAAAAAUGACAAAAAUAGCCGUUUGGUCUAAUUUCGUAUCAUCUAUCUACAAAUGCUUUAAUCGUAAAGAGGUUUUAUAAUGCAUCCCUAUAGCUUGC